AUGCGUUUUCCCGUGCCCCUUCUACUCGUUAUAUUUUUGCCACGUCUUCGCUCGAAGGGCAUCUAUUUUGUGGAGGAGCGCGACGGAAAAACUUACACGCAACCUUUGACCAGGUUCGAUGAAUUCUCUUUUACACUUUCUGAAUUCAACCUUUUCUUUAGCACGUCUUCAGUGCAGAUCGGAGAGCAAAUCCGAGAGCUCUUCGAUAUUGACAUCAAUGAAAAUGAGCCGCCCGGGAAGACCAAUAAAAUGGUGUCGUCUUACAUGAAAAGCCUUUAUAGAAAACUCGAAAACUAUGAGAAUGGGUGAGCAGAACUUUAGCGUUUCCAAACAUAAACGAUAUUGUAUACAGAGGAAAAUACGAUGAAGAUGAGGUGAAUGCGUGGUUGAGUGCGGAUCGAAUUGUAUCCCACAUUGCACAAGGUGAUCUUCCUUAUUCUGAACAUUCUUGAAACAUAUUUCAGAGGUUUCCCACCGUCUGGACGAUGGCUCGUACCGUAUCCGAUUUUCUCGCGAGAACGUUCCGUCGGCAGAAGGACAAUCCAUUCUGAGAGCUCAACUUCGAGUGCACAUUACUGGAAUCGUUUCCCCCAUUUUCUUUUACAUCGAAGAUACCAAGUGAGAAUCAGACAGCUGAACAAUAUCUGAAAACGUGUUGUUUGCAGCCUGCCAGGGGACACUGUCCUCGUCUCUUCCGAUGAUCCGAACGUCGUCACGGACGUCACAACGAUGGUCGAUAAAUGGUCCCAUCUCCAGAACUCUGUACUCCCCAUUAUCACUGCUCGUGCUUCUACUGGUAGUUGUGGCCUUGUCCCGUAUUUCAUUUGAACUGUUCAUUCAGAAAACGAGCUGAAAAUCGAGGCAUUUCUGGUAAUUGCUCUGAAAGACGAAGGAGCUCCACCGAAGAGAAGGUCCCGGCGAGCGGCGACGGCUGCUCCGCUCUCGGCGUCUCCCAUGAGACAGAAAACGAAGCGAAGUGAAUCUGCGUACUUUGAAAAGCGUAAGUGCUUCUGAAUUCGCCGCCCACUCACCCAAUUUCUCUUCAGCCGACACAAAUGCGCUGUGCCAACGGAAAGGUCUCUAUGUGGACUUUGACACCCUCGGCUGGAAGCAAUGGGUUAUUGCUCCCGAAGGAUUCAGCGCAUUCUACUGCUCCGGCGCCUGCUCGGCGCCCUUCCACAAGACAAUGAAUGCCACGUCGCACGCCAUCGUUCAGUCGCUCAUCCAUCUCGUCCGCCCGAAUGCCACGUCGGCGGCCAAAUGCGCUCCGUCACACCUCACCUCGAUGAAGAUUCUGUUUGUGGAUCAGAAGAAGAACGUGCAGAUCAAACGGUAUCGGGACAUGGUCGUGGAGGAGUGCGGAUGUCAUUGA